UGCCAAGAUGACCACGGUGGUAAAAGUGCUGACCGACCACGCUGAGCACAUCCAUAAACUUGAACAAUUUUCUCGGAGGAACAACAUCCGAGUCACUGGUCUCUAUCAGCAAAAGAACGAGAACUGUCUGUCCCAAGCUAAAAAUCUGCUCCAGGACAAAUUCUCCAUGGAGGAUGUCGAGCUGGAACGGGCUCAUCGUGAUGGGCCUAAACUUGACGGCAAGCCUCAACAUCUGCUGAUCAAGUUAAACUGUUACCAAGACAAGAUCAAGGUCCUUCAGCAACAGCGUAAGGUCCUGUCUAAUGACCCCUACUACUGCGUGGAGGAUCUUACCAAGAUCGACCUCCAAGAGAAGGGGAAAUGGUCCUCCCAAGCGUCCGUAGCUUACAAGGAAGGUAAGAAAUACCGCUUCGUUGCUGGUUAGUGGAGGCACUGGUGGCACUCUGGCUCACUUCUACAACUAAAUCUGCAUGGCUGCUGACAUCCAUCUACCAUCCAUCUACUAGAUUGCUGAGCAUGAUUUGCUUGCAAGUUAAUAAUUAUAUUUGUUUGUUAACAUUUUUCUUAUUUAAGUAAAGCUAGCUUAUAAUUUGAUAAAUUGUUGAUACAUUGUGUACUUUUGAUCUGUUUGCUUCAGUAUU